AACAUAAAAGGCGUGCGUUACGAUACUUUACAAUUUAUAUUCAGUCAGAGGUUUAUGUAAUAUCUCUGUAAAUGUUAUAAACACCUAGAUUAAAAAAAAAGUAUUUGAUCAACUGUUAGGAUUACACAUGAUUUUUAUUGCUUUUAAAAAUAAUAAUGUUAUGAAUGUAGUUUUGUGAAGGCUACUACUAACUACUACUUGUUGAAAGUUUUCUUCUUCAUCUAUAUUCUAUAUCUUAAGUCUUAAGGAGUCUUAAGGGACCACGAUCAAUUCGUAUCGACAUCGUGAGAGGUACCGGUAGGCUAAUAACUAAUAACUAAUAAUGAAUUAUGUUAAGGACGGCUGCCACAACGUCUUUUAUAGUUGCAGUGAAUUAGGGGUUAGGUUAGGCAUAGACUUAGGUAGGAAGCAUUACAUCAAAUUCAAAUGGCCAUGCCAUUUAAAAUAUAUAAAUUAUUAUUAUAAAAAGUUUAAAAAGGUUUUGUCAAUUUUAAUAAAAAAAAUCAGACCACUACCAGUGUGUGAGUGUGUGUGUUGUACCCAUAUAAAUAUAAUGCCAUAUAUGAUAUAAAAAAAGGAGAACGUUAGCAAUACUUUUUGUUCUGGAUGUAUCAUUAGUCAUAAUGAAUGUAUGAAUUAUUCGAAAAUGACAUAGGCCUAUACUGUAGUCUAUAGUAUAUUUAUAUAUAUAAAUAUAAUAAUAAUUAUUAUUAAUAUAAUUUCAUCAUGUUGGCCUAUGCAUUAUCACAGUUUAUAUUAUUUCUCCCCUGAGGAUUAUAAUUCAGUCUUACUUUAAGAAAUUCACAUUUUAUAAAGAUUUUGCUUAACUUGAGUUAAUUUACAGUUCAUACUAUACUGUUUUUUUUUAAAAUUUCAGAUAACUCAUUAAUUCUCAAGAAACAAAAAUGACUGAGGCUAAAAGAAAUUUAUUAACCUCAAUAAGGAAAGAAGCUACAGGUUCAAAAGAAAAGGAAGCAGAAUCUUCUCUUACAAUUACAGUUGGUGAAGCAUCCAAUUUUAAAUCAGAAUUCCCAAAAAUUGAACUCUUGGUUGAAUUUGGCACUUUCUUAGAAUUAAGAGAUGCUCUUGACAAGUACCAGAGAGAAAAUUUUGUGCAACUGAUUGUAAAAGAUUCAAAACUUUUGAAAGCGGAAUCGACUCGGAAGGUUGGGAAACUAUAAUUACAAUUAUAUACAUGUUUUAGAUUAAUAUGGCCAAUGCAAAAUACUACAUUAAUUCCUGCACUAACUAGAUAUCAUCCAUCCUCUUCUGUAUAAAUUCAGUUUUAAUAUUUUUAAAGCUGCUCUUAUUCUAAUCAUUGAAAUGUCAUUUAAUUGAAUACUUAAUAAUACUGGUUACUCACCCUCAGAUAAACUUCAAUAAUAAUUUAGUCAAGCACUACUUUUAGAAAGAAUGUUGAAUAAGAAAUUGAUAUUUUUAUUUUGCAUUCAUUUAAAACAAAUUAUAAAUAAGUUUUAUUAUAGUGUUUGCCUUGCAUUAUCACAAUUCACUUUUUCAGGUUAUUCCCAAAGUUUAUCAUUUAGUGAACCAGAGCUUGAUGUAUCAUUCUAUCACCUAUUGCUGCAAGUGUCAUGGGGAACUUAAGCAAAAACCCACUGGUAGAAUCAAGAAUGUAGGGUUAGUAGUAAAAUUUGAAAAUAUAGUUAUUGUAACAGUAUGACUUUGAACAUGCUUAUAAUUUAAAAAAUUUACCGUACCGGUAUAUAAAUGCAUAUAAUUUGUGUUCACUGUUUUAUUACUAGCAGAGCUUAGUUUGGACCUCAUCACACUUUAGUUUAACUCUAAUUGUGGCUAAUUUUUAAUUUUUACAGCAUUAAAAUGAAGGUAUUGUUUUAAAUUAUCUCAUUGAUGCUUUAAAUGAGAGGUCAACUAUGCCUAAGAUUUAUUUUAACUUAACUAAUAUAUUUAUUAUCAUCCGUAGUCAGAAGCGCCUAAACUGCCCCAUGUAUAUUCGAUUCAAGCUCACCCCUGACCUCCAGAAGCUUGUCUUAUUUGACAUGGAUGAGACACACAACCAUGACAUUGAUCGGACAACCUUCCAGAUGACCCCUCGUCAGCAACUAUACAGAAUCUCUAGAUUGAAGCGCAAACUUGAAGAUGGUGUGGAUGACGAUGAUGAGCAAAAUGACACACCAUUGAUUAAUGUAAACAAAAAUGGUAUGUCAGCUGUUCUUAUAGAUCAAUUCAUUGUUUUUCCCCUGCUUGUAGUCAACCCAUUAGACUUAAGACAUAUUUUGAUACCUAAGGCAUAGACUCAUAACCUCUGCAAAAAUUACGGGUGCAACAAGGGAAGGAGGAAAAAAGCAGGUAGUAAUAUAGUAUAUGAUGGCCAUAAUUAAUAUGAUUUAUCUCUUUAAAAAAAAAAUUCUCACAGUGCUAUGUUUACUAACUUUAGAAGCUUGUACAGUACACAUUACAGCAACGUUUUUAAUGUUUAUCUAUUCAAUUAGUGACGCAAAUUUAAAACAACAAACAAAUCAUUAAAUUCUUACGUUUUUCUUUUCAGAUUGUACUAUACUGUACUUAAAAUUUAAAUUGUUCCAUUUUAAAAGAAAAAGGAGAAUUAAGGUUAAAGCCUUUGAUAAAUAAUUAUUGGUUUGUAGCACCCAAUAAACUGUCUAAAGUUUAAAAGUAGAAAGCCAUUUUGAAGGUAAAACGUUUGCCAUGAGACCCCGGAUGAAUUCCGAUAUAAUGCUGUUGUGGCCUGUAUAUUCAUCCGCAAAUGAAAAAAAAAAAGUACCAUACAACAAAUAUAUAUUCACGAGGUUAAAAAAUCUUUAAAAAAAAAAAAAAUCCCCUAUUUCCUACUUUUUAAAAAACCCAACGCUUUUUUCACAGAAUUUUGCAAAAUCGUUAUCAAAGCGAUCGAAAUGUUAAGGAACCAAAUAUCUUGCAAUUACAGGGUUUCACUGUAUUUUAAAUAGAUAUUUUUUUUAGAAUCCCAUGUGUAAGAGCUGCAUCCCUUUAGUUUGAAAUUAGAAGGUUGUUGCUGCUUUAAGGUAAUUUAUUUUUUAAGAGUUUUUUAUUUCUUAUUCAAUAUUUUGUCUAACAGUUGUCCUCUUCUUCCUAUUUUUAGAGAAACGUUUGUCAGUAUCACAUCUUAAGCAAAAGCCACCUAAGAAAUCUCAAAAGAAGGUCCCAAAAGAUGUUGGAAAUGAAAAUGAGAACAAUGUUGAUGAUGAAGAAUUGGACGAUAAUCAUGUUAAUGACUCUGUGAGUGAUGAGGAUGAAAAUUCUACGAAAGAAGAACACAGUCAGCCUGAAUCCCCACUUGAUUCAGAAUCAACUUGUUCAGACUCUGAUGAUGAUGAAUUUCGUAAAAAGCGUCAGCUUCUACCAUUUCCACUAAGACUUGUAGGUUCAGCAAUACAAAGUUCUCCAGAAUUGCUCAUGGCUACAAAGGAAUUGAUAGAAAUUCAGAAAUCGAAAUUGCUCCUUGAAAAGCAAAAACUGAUUCUCGAGACAAAACAUCUGGAACUUGCAAAUUUAAAAUUGGAACUUGAAGUUCGGAAAAUGGAGAAAAAUUUUGCAGCUGAUAUUUCAGGAUCAGGGCAUGGUCGUGACACAACAAUUUUUCUACAAGCUAACUAAGUGAAAUAUAAAUGUGUAAAUAAGCAGAAUGUGAUGAUCAUAAUGUAAAGAAAGAUUUUAAAAUGUAUAUUUUUCUGUUACCAUCGCUUGAUAGUCAGUAAGGAUUAGUUUACUUUUUAGUGCAAUCAAUAUUGCACAAUUAUAUUACCUUGCCAUCUACCAAAACAACCAAUUUCUUCAAUUUGAUUGAUUAAAAAAAUAAUUGUUGAUUGUUGUCGUAAUUCAGUGCAACUGCUACUAAACCUACUGUAUAAAUAACUGAUGGUUGGCAAUGGUAAAAUAAGAGUAUUCAUGUUUCAAAUCCUGUUUAAUAAUGUGCUAACUCACUCAUGCCAUCCUACUAUCAUUGAUAAUCAUUGCCAGCAACCUAAAUAUUUAGGUAGUGAUUGUUAAGUGUUUUUUGUUACUUUCCUUUUUAGCGAAGUAUUCUGAUGAGGCUAAACGCUAAUUAAAAAAUUCUAUUGCCAAAACCUGCACUUUAUUCAGGGUGCAGGCUUAAUCCAACUUGGUUAAAAUAAUGGGGUAAGAUUUUGUUUCCACUGUUCUUGCUAAUGACUAUUGUUUUUGUUAUGUUGCAUUAUGUAAACUUUAAUCCCUUUUUUUAGAGAUGAAGUUAAAAAUUUAAAAAUGAUAAAAAAGAAAAUAUUCUGCAUUUCUUCAAAUUUACUUAUUUAAUUUUUUUUUGUCUACAUAAAAAUCUCCAGAC